AGCGCGAGUGGGAGGCAAGCUUUGUGUGGAGAAUCUGAAUGAGCGGGCAUUAGAUGCUGCUAGGGAAUUCAUUCGAUUGUUUAAUAUAUCUUUACAUAAAUAUAUGAAGUGAUAUUUUCCGGCUUUGGUGCUAAUUGUGGUUUACACCUCUAUGGCAACAUCGGCAUAUCAUCUUAUCGUCAUCACCUCCGCAAGGAAAUAACGGGUAGGGCUGCUGGUAUAUUUAUUUAUUUUCUCCCUCAUGCGUCCUGCAACGUUGCUGGAAACGCGAACGAGCCAGGCAGCGAUAUUUUACUGAUCAUGGAUUAAUGCUUGUGUGAGCUGCAUAUGAAAGAAAGGCUUCCAAUGCUGAAUAUGUCCACUUCUAGUGACCUUAAGUCUCCCUGCAUGACACGGAACGGCAUGGUCAAGCUGCCCCCCCAGCCCAACGGCCUCGGUUCGGCCAGCAUCACCAAAGGCACUCCAGCUGCCAAGAACCGCCUCUGCCAGUCCUCCUCUGUGCCCACCAUCUUGCCUCCCCCUAGCCUGCCCUAUCACCUGGAGCCCCUACCCACAGCAGCCUCACUGCUAGGCCCCGACCUGGACACAAGCCCAGUGACUGCCAUCAAACCCCCCCUCAGGCAAUUCCCCAAGCCCCUGCUGGAGAGGCAACUGGUGCUGGAUGAGAAGGUACUGAACCGGCUCUUGUGGUACUUUACAACGACCGAAAAGUGCAUACUCGCCCAGGUGUGCAAGACAUGGAGGAAGGUGCUAUACCAACCCAAGUUCUGGGAGGGCGUGACACCCAUCCUGCAUGCCAAAGAACUCUACACUAUUCUGCCCAAUGGGGAGAAGGAGUUUGUUAGCCUGCAGGCGUUUGCUCUAAGAGGCUUCCAGUUCUUCUGUCUGGUUGGCGUCUCUGAUUUGGACAUUUGUGAGUUCAUCGACAACUAUCCGCUGUCAAAGAAGGGAGUCAAGUCUGUCAGUCUGAAGAGGUCGACUAUAACGGAUGCAGGACUUGAGGUGAUGUUGGAACAGAUGCAGGGGUUAAUGCACCUGGAACUGUCUGGCUGCAAUGACUUCACGGAGGCCGGUCUGUGGUCCAGCCUGAAUGCACGGCUUACCUCCCUUAGUGUCAGCGAUUGCAUCAACGUGGCUGACGAUGCCAUCGCCGCCAUUUCCCAGCUCCUUCCCAAUCUAUCGGAGCUCAGCCUGCAGGCGUAUCACGUGACCGACACGGCCAUGGCCUACUUCACCGCCAAGCAAGGCUACACCACUCACACGCUGCGCCUGAACUCCUGCUGGGAGAUCACCAACCAUGGCGUCGUCAACAUGGUGCACAGUCUGCCCAACCUCACCUCCCUCAGCCUGUCGGGCUGCUCGAAGAUCACCGAUGAUGGUGUGGAGCUGGUGGCUGAGAAUCUAAGGAAGCUCCGGAGCCUGGAUUUAUCCUGGUGCCCCCGCAUCACUGACAUGGCCCUGGAGUAUGUCGCCUGUGACCUGCACAAGCUGGAGGAGCUGGUUCUGGACCGGUGUGUGCGAAUUACAGACACAGGCCUGGGUUACUUAUCCACCAUGUCCACUCUGAGGAGUCUCUACCUGCGCUGGUGCUGUCAGGUACAAGACUUUGGGUUACAGCAUCUAUAUGGCAUGAGGAGUCUUCGACUUCUCUCUCUAGCAGGCUGCCCUCUGCUGACCACCACUGGCCUUUCAGGCCUGAUCCAACUGCAGGAUCUGGAGGAGCUAGAACUGACUAACUGCCCCGGCGCCACCGCCGAACUCUUCAAAUACUACUCCCAGCAUCUGCCACGCUGCAUGGUCAUCGAGUAGUGCAAAGAGCUUCAUGGGCCCCGGCACCCUCCACAUCACCAAAACCUCCUCCUACAGACUGAUGAUAAACCCAACUUCAUCCUGGACCCACAGGGAGGGAACAACUUUAUUUUUUUCUGGAGGGGUGAAAAGGGAUCAUUGACAUGGAAGAUCUGAGAAAGGGUUGGAACAGGCCUUGACUGACAAGCUAGAGGGAAACUGUAUAAAGCGGAGUGGGUCAGAGGCUAGAUCUUUCAUUCAGUAAUAUGACUCAUUGUAAUCAGUCCCCAUAUAUGAAACAUGUUCCUCCAUUGAACUUUGAGACUAGCUUCCAUGUCUCAUCCUACCUUGUUUUAUCUCUAAGUGAAAAAGGUGUGUUGCCAGUUUACUCGGUUUCUCAUAUCCAGGGAAAGGUAGUGAGAGGGAGAGAUAGAGGAAGCAAGAAAGGGAAAGAAAGAGGUUUAAAGAGCAACUGCAAUAGGGUCUCUUCGCUUUUGUCCAGUGGCAUCCGUUUUAUUUCGCUCCCCUCGGUGGUGCUGCCACUCCAUUUUGGUGUCUUAACAAAGGACUCUAGAGAUGAACAGCUACGUAGAUUUUCAUAUACACGCUACUCCCUUAUUGUCAUGCGGUUCUCUUUUUUGUUUUUUAAAUAUUAUUUUUGUAAGUAUUAUUUUUGAUGAAAAGGAUUACUGUGAAAUAUUUAUGGUAUGCGUUUGAGGUUUCGAACGCUUUUUGAUGAGAUGGAAAUAAAAAGGAACCAGCAUUAACAGAAGUCAGGAGGUU